AUGGUAUCGCUUCUAAGGACUAAGAAGAAUGACUCGCUCCUUCCGAGCGAGGGGGACACGCAUAGAAGGAUGAAUAUUUUCAGGAGACUGAGAGAAAAAGCCAGGCAUCAUUCGCAUAUUGAGGAGGAAGAAAAAGCUGUUUCUAGCAAACGUACGCCCAGGUUGCGAACAUCAACGUUUUCCGUCCCUCGUGUUAAAGCAGGAAUAUCUGGUCAAUCGCCUGAAACUCCGAAACCAUCCGCCAUCCCUACUGCACGUCCUCGAAAUUCAACUUCAGCACUUCCGAUGCCAACCCGAUACGGGGAGCGUUCAGCAACGUCUCUGGGUCAUAGUGCGUUGGUUGGUCAGGGAGCACCGUUCAAAAGAGACCGUGUUGCAACCAUAAACACGUCUAAUAUGGCAUCAUCUAUAACACGAGUCGGUCUUCCUUCCAUAAAUGACUAUCAGCCUAAGACACAUAAGAUGAAGUAUAAUCCGUAUGGGCUGGGAAAUAUGGACGGUCCAUCGAGGGUGAGCACGGCCUCUUCGGUGAGAAACAAUACACACAUGACAUUUGAAAGUUUUGACGACGAAGCAAAUAUACUUCCGUAUCCGGUGGAUUCUCCAAACAAGCAUCUUCCGGCAGAACUCGCCAUAGAGCACGAAAAUCUUCUCGAUGAGUUUGUGUUUGUGAACAAGACAUCCAAUCUUGGAACCGGUGCAUCCGCUUUGGUCAAGAAAGUCCACCGAAUAGGCCAUCCCAAGGAUAUUUAUGCGGUCAAGAAGUUUGUUCUUUUCAAAGGUGAAAAGCCGGACGAGUUCUACGAGCGCGCUUCCAAAGAGUACAUCAUUCACCACAACCUCAAUGCCGGUUUCCACGUGGUCACGUGCUACUCCUUGGUAAAGAUAUCGCAUCAACGCAAUUUGGCACGGGGUUGGGGUCUUCUCAUGGAGCUUUGCCGGGCCGAUUUGUUUGACGUUAUCUCGAAACCAGGAUUUUCGCAUGUCUCCAAUGGUGAGAAGAUGUGUCUAUUCAAGCAGGUUGUGUACGGUGUGAAGUAUAUGCAUGAUUUCGAUAUAGCACACAGGGAUUUGAAGCCCGAAAACAUAUUGCUUACGUCGGAUGGCAUUGUUAAGAUUACCGACUUCGGUGUUGCCGAGUAUGGUCACGAAAUUCCUGGUGACUUCUCAUCUCCUUUAAAAAUGAGCAAACAGAUCGUGGGUUCUUCUCCAUACCAGCCGCCAGAGGUGGAGGCGCUGAAAAAUGUGCCUCGUGAGAAAAGAUCGACGUAUGACAUGUUUCAAAUGGAUCACUGGGCUUUGGGUGUCAUAUUGUUUGUUCUAUUUUACGGUGAUGUACCGUUUGACAAGGCAUCCGAUUCGUGUAGUGCGUUCAGAGAUUAUGAGCAAGUUUUAAAGGAGUACAGCACACGGAUUAAUCCCGAUUUCAAGAAGACUAACUUGAAAGGUCCAGGUAUAGAGUACCGGUUUGCCAGAAAGUUCAUGGAUAUGGGAAUAGCACGUCUUGCCUGGAGACUUGUUGAUCCUGAUCCUAAAGUCAGAUAUCGACUAUAUGAUCUUUUCUCGGAUAGGGCAUUCCAGCAGGCUGAAAUGUGCGUCGAUGAAAAGGAACACGCUUGUAACUUUUGUCACUUAUCCGAAUCCAAAGACGUUGCAUUCAAAUAUCCGCUUGGAAGUGAUAUACAGAUUCCUAGAUACUCCCAACGAUCGAUAUCCUCAUCUUCCUCGUCAACAUCGAACUACGUGAUGGGUUCUAGAAAGGGAACUCUUACCGGAACAUCUUCCAGGUCAGCAUCGCAAUCUUCCGUUGAAGUGCCGAAGCUGAAAUCCAUGAUAGAUAUUGCUGCUGAGGCAAGGAACAUUCAGCGAGUUAGUUCCAUGAUACCCCGGCGUAUUAGAGAAGAAUUGCUGGAUUCGGGGGUGAAGGUCACCUUAAAUCCAAAAUUGAAGGAGGGCACCAAAGCCGAGGACGGAAAGCUGCAGGAAAGUAAGAAGUUAAUAAUAGAAGAGGAGAAGGAGGAGGAUGGCAAAGAGAAUAAAGACAAUGGUGAUUCGUUACCUAGGGUUGCUGAAGGCCAAGAAGUUCAGAAUGUCAAAACGGUACAUGUUCCAAGUGAAGAACUGAAGGAUAAAGAUGAACCUGAGAAGCGGGAUGCUUCUCUGAAGGAUAAUAAGCCGGAAGAGCACGAUGGUUGUGUGAGGAAUGAUCAAGAAGAUUGUUGUAACGAUUGUUCGGUUCCUCAGCCAGAGUCUGCUGCUGUUGAUUAUGACAACUUGUUGACAAUCGGCGGUUUUCAUAAGAUUCUGCUAUCGGACACAGUCCAGGAUGGAUUACGACCAUUGACUGCCACGUUAACAAAAAGUGCUUGCAGAUGUAUGGUUAAGCGCCAUAAUCACAUUUCCAAGUGGUAG